UUGGUUUUGUUGGGCGAGAGUGCAGUUGGUGAGUGUUUUUUGAUAUUUUGUCCAAAUUUCAGGCAAUUUACAAGGGAAAUUUUGAUGAAACAUAUCGAAAUAUACCAAAUCGAGCAUGCUGAUCACGAUUCCGAAGGCAAAAAUUGUCACAAAUGCCUGUGAGCACUUGUCUGGAGCUCUAAAGUUGGAAUUUAGUUUCGGUGUUUUUAAAAAAAUAUCAAAAUUUGCCCAAAAAAACUUUAUAAAACCUGUGUAUUUUCAAUAAAAUAAUGAAAAUUGGCAAAAACCGACCCUCAAUUCUAUUUUUUUUGGAGCUCAAGAAAAGUGCUCACAUGCAUUUGUGAAAAUUUUUGACUUCGGAAUCGUGAUCAGCAUGGUCGAUUUGAUAUGUUUCAUCAAAAUUUCAUGCACUUCCCUGAAGUUGAGACAUAUAAAUGUUUUUCUACAGGAAAAUCGUCGUUGGUUUUGCGAUUCGUCAAAGGACAAUUUCACGAGUAUCAAGAGUCGACGAUUGGCGCCGCGUUUUUGACACAAACGGUAUGCUUUUUGGAUGCUUUUUGGGUGUUUUCUUUUGGCAAACCCCCAAAGAUCUCCUAAUUUUAUAAAAUUUAAAUUUUUUCCCAAAAUCCGAGUUAAUAUUAUCGAAAAUCUCAUCGGUACCACGCGCUCCACCGAAAUAAACACGCAACGCAGACCGCGUCGCGUCACAACACACACAAAUAAGGGAACGAUUCAAAUUCCCUCCCUUUUUUGUGUGUGUUGUGGCGCAGCGCGGUCUGCGUUGCGUGUUUAUUUCGGUGGAGCGCGUGGUACCGAUGAGAUUUUUGAUACUACGUGGUAUAGUUGGACAUCGACUAAAUGACAUUUUCAUGUUUUUUAGCUAGUGAGCUGAAAUAUUGGAUUUUAAUCGUAUUCAUAGGGUAGAAUGGUCUAAGACGAACAGAAUGAUAUAAAUUUUGAUGACUUUACGUUAUUCAUAAGUGAUUUAGCGGCUUAUCGACUAAACAUCGCUAAAUCCACACCUGACGAGACGUGUCCAAAAUGGACACUGUACAUUUUUUUCAAAACUCACACUGUAUUUUUUUCGAAAAAAAAUCACCUGUUUCCUUUUCACCAACAUUUCUCUUCUUAAAUAAAAACACACAAUUGUCCGAGUGGCUAAGACGCUGCGCCCUCAAUCACAAGGUCACCGGUUCGGUUUUGCUCAACGAAGCAAUUUUUUAUUUUUUUUUUCAAUUUUUCACACUAUAACAAACAAGUUUAUACCUCAAUAAAUCUUCAUUUUUAAAAUGAAUAUAGUUUCUAGACAGUCUUUUAUCUAAUUGGAACUCCAUGUGCAGUGUGGAAAUUGAUUACUCGCCUAGAAAAACAUAGUGUCCAGUAAAAAACUGUUUUUCAUCAAUUGUGACUUUCAAAAUCAAUUUCCACACUGCACAUGGGUAAAUUCAAAAACUAGACACAAAAAUACCCCUACUUUGUGAAGAAACCAAACCUGGAGGUUGCCUUAGUAAAAAAUGCCCCGCGAUUCUUUCUAGUGGCCAAUUUUUCCAUCAAAAUGGACACUUCAAAAUAACAGCGAAAUAGGGCAUUUCCACACUGCACUCAUGGUGUUCCACACUGCCUAUGACCUUAGCAAUCUAUCAUAAAAAAUUCAACCAUGUUCGUCAAGUCUAAGCUUAGUUUUCCUAACUUCAAAUUUUGAGCAACGUUGGAACGCAUUCGUUUGAAAACAGUUUCCUUUCCACCAACAUUUUCCCCUCGGGAGAAAAGAGAGAUGUGGCCGAGAGGAUAGCAGUUUUGACUGGCGUGCAUGAGACCAGGGUUCGAGUCCUAUUGCCGGCGAGGUUUUUUUUUUCGAAAACUUCAGAUUUUCACGCUGCACAAUUUUUUUUUUGAAAAAAUUUCACACUGUACAAAAAUUUUUGGACACUGUCUCUCCAGGUGUGGCUAAAUCACUUAUGGAUAACGUAAAGUCAUCAAAAUUUAUAUCAUUCUGUUCGUCUUAGACCAUUCUAUCAUAUGAAUACGAUUAAAAUCCAAUAUUUCAACUCAUUUGCUUAAAAUACAUGAAAAUGUCAUUUGGUCGAUGUCAAACUAUGUAUAUUACAUGGUUAAGAUUUUGGCACCAUGUCGAAAUUGAAAACCAGUUCUAGCUGAACUUCGUAAGUCGCGUGCGGCUGUGCGGCGCGGUCGGGAAAUAAUUGUUUUCCAACCGCGCCGCACAGCCGCACGCGACUGACGAAGUUCGUUUUUCAAUUUUGACAAUAUUAAAGCAAUUUUGCCACGUGUCAUUUUCUCAAUUUUUUAAAAAUGUUCGCAAAAAAUGUUGAAAAGUGAGAAUUUCCAUCAUUUUCACACAAAAACCACUCAAAAAUCUCCAAAUUUGACCAUUUUUCAUCCUGAAAUUAAUUCCAGGUGUGCCUCGAAGAAGCGACUGUGAAAUUCGAGAUUUGGGACACGGCCGGACAGGAAAGAUAUCAUUCAUUGGCACCAAUGUAUUAUAGAGGAUCGCAAGCGGCCAUAGUUGUUUAUGAUAUUACAAAUCAGGUUGGAAUUUUUGAAAAAAAGCUGAAAUUCACGAAGAUUGAUGGAUUUUGAGUUAAAAAUUACAUAAAAAUUGAAUUUUAAGCUUAUUUUUUGGUCUGGAAAUUGAAUUUUUGCUUAAAAUGCUUCAAAAUUUGUUAAUUUUGACCGAAAACUCUGAAAAUUAUCAAAUUUGUGCUUAAAAUGCUCCAAAUCCCCGCAAAAAUCCCGAAAUUAAUUUCAGGAAUCGUUUCAAAAGGCCAAAAAUUGGGUAAAAGAGCUCCAAAGACAAGCGUCACCGAAUAUCGUAAUUGCAUUGGCUGGAAAUAAGGCGGAUAUGGCGAAUAAACGAGUAGUCGAAUAUGAAGAAGCCAAUGCGUAUGCCGAAGAAAAUGCACUACUUUUUAUGGAAACAUCGGCUAAGGUAUGGGAGAUUUUGAGCUGAAAUUUGAGCAAAAUUGUGAUUUUUGCACGAAAAAUUGACGAUUUUUGACACCAAAUAAGCCUAGGCUUUGAAAAAUUUAGUUUUCCGCGCCAAAAAUGAUCUACAGUACUCUAGAAACCUCUGUGAGACCCAAAAAUCCACGUUUUUUGACAGCAAAUAAGCCUGAGGGAUUUUUGGCGCUGAAAAAUUUGAAUUUUUCAUUUUUGGCGCCAAAAUUGUCUACAGUAGUUUCGUAGAUCCUCUCGAGACCUAAAAUUCCAUGUUUUUUGUCACAAAAUAUGCCAAAAUGUUUCAAUUUUCACCUACAGUACUCCCAAACCCUACAGUAACCAGGGUAAAUCUACUCGAGACCCAAAAAUAUCCUAUUUUAACGGAUCUCACUCAAAAAAGCGCAUUUUUAACCAAAUUUCAUAGAAAAUCGCUUUUACCAUUUUAAUGAAUUUUCCACCUACAGUAAUCUCGUCUCGAGACCCAAAAAUCUGAUUUUUGAUCAAAUUUCACUCAAAAUUUAUGUAUUUUAGCUUGAUUUUCUCCAAUUUUCCACCUACAGUACUCCCAAACCCUACAGUAAUCUCGAUAGAUCGUCUCGAUACCCAAAAAUCUUUAUUUUGAUCAAAUUUCACUCAAAAUAGGUCAAAAUUCAUCAAAAUUGAUGUGUUUUGGCUCGAAAUUCCUCAAUUUUCACGAAUUUUACAUCUACAGUACUCCUAAACCCUACAGUAACCUCAUGGAUCGUCUCGAGACCCAAAAAUCUUCAUUUUGAUAAAAUUUCACUCAAAACAGGUCAAAAUUCAUCAAAAUUGAUGUAUUUUAGCUUGAUUUUCUCCAAUUUUCAUGAAUUUUCCACCUACAGUACUCCUAGACCCUACAGUAACCUCGCAUUUUUUGCAGACCUCAAUGAACGUCAACGACGUGUUCAUGGCGAUAGCGAAAAAGUUGCCAGUUGGACCAACUCAAGGCCAAGAUUCUCAGGGAACCGUUGACAUGAAUCAACCACAACAACAAUCAAAAGGAUCGUGUUGUAAAUAA